AUGGGCGAGGCUGUACCUAAACAAGGAGAAGACAACAACAAAAACAAGCAAUAUAUGGUGGUGGUCGAUAUGUCCAAGCUCGAAAGAUGUCAUGAGAAAGUUCAGAGGGAGGGAAGAAAGAUGGGUAAAGGAGAGGCGGGAAAGGGCAUCGAGGACAGGGAGGUAGAAGACUCAGAUGAUGCAAUGACAAUUGUAGGUAUCAGGCUGUAA